UUCCACGUGGGACAAAUCCCAUUAUGAGACAUAGCAAGAAUAUUUCAUUCUAGAUUUUAGAAUCCCAGGUUUUGGCUCACUUUGGUCAAGAAAAAUUAUAAAUAGUUGAGUUAGAGAUACUUAAAUGUUAGCCUCUUGGAGUGCAUGGCAAUUGGUUUUGACCUCUAUAUUAAAAUUCACAAGACCACGGACAUAAGUCAAAACAGGUCCCCUUCGUCUCCCUAGUCACCAUCUCCAGGGCUAAAAAACAGACUUGAAAUGGGUGCCAGUUAGACCACAGGAAACAGGAUCUACAAGCACCAGGAGCUCAUCUAUGGCUAUCUAACAUCGCCUGGGGACACCUCACUCUGGCAGGCUCCUGCUGGCUGGAGAUUGUUAACAUCGCCAAUCAGAUGUUAAUUGAAUGCAAAGGAAUAGGAAAUAAAUUCUGGUUCUGAAGGGGCAGCUGGAAAGGUGUUGGGCUUCUCAGACUCCGACCUACAUUACAAAGCAGGCCUAACGCCAAGCAUACUCCUUGCCAGAGGAAACGGAAAGCCCCUCUCCCGUUUUUAGAAUCAGGCUGGAAAACGCGGGUCCCAGAAGGUGGGAUUAGAAAACAAGCUUGCUUGGCGGCGCCCUGUGGUCCCUCGAGGAAAUAGGACAGAGACAAAGAGGGCUUGCUUCUGGGAAGCCCUAAAUUCGAAGCCAAUCCUUCCUCCUAGACACGACUGCAGCUUUAAAGCGCAGGGCGCACACCUCCCCUCCCGGAUCUCUAGGGCGAAGGCAGGUCGAGGGGCAGCCAAAGAGGCGCAGAGAAGAGUGAGAAUGUGCCCAGCAAGCGGCGGGAUCAAAGCCUGGGUCUCUAAUUCCCAGGCUGGAGAUUCUGGGCUGCCUGCUCCUCCUGCACCGGGCGAAGAGCCCACCUGGGAUCCAAGCGGGCGGCCGCGCCACUCUCGCAGGCUCCAUACACCCGCCACUACCCGCCUGUGCCACCUGCAGCCGGCAGUGCAGCCUGCUCGCAGGUCCCGCAGGACGCGCUGCAGGUGCGCCGGGCGUCCCGAAGCUCAGCCCUCGCGUCCCUGCCCCGCGCCCAGCUCCUCACGCUCGGUGCCCGCGCCCCGCAGCGGCAGCGCAGAACGCACCGCCUCCGCCACAGCCCGGGAAGCGCUCGGGCGAAGAGGAGGAGCCAAGGGUACCGAGCGGGUGGAGUCGGGAGCCGGAGAGCGGUGGAGGCGGAUUUCCUGGGCCCGGCUCUUUGGCGCUACCAUGGCGUUUGGCAAGAGUCACCGGGAUCCCUACGCGACCUCCGUGGGCCACCUUAUAGAAAAGGCUACAUUUGCUGGAGUUCAGACUGAAGAUUGGGGCCAGUUCAUGCACAUCUGUGACAUAAUUAACACUACCCAGGAUGGGCCAAAAGAUGCAGUGAAAGCUUUGAAGAAAAGGAUUUCCAAAAACUACAAUCAUAAAGAAAUCCAACUUACCUUGUCACUUAUUGACAUGUGUGUGCAGAACUGUGGUCCAAGUUUCCAGUCUCUGAUUGUGAAGAAGGAAUUUGUUAAAGAGAAUUUAGUUAAGCUACUGAAUCCCAGAUACAACUUGCCAUUAGACAUUCAGAAUAGAAUCUUGAAUUUCAUUAAGACUUGGUCACAGGGUUUCCCAGGAGGUGUGGAUGUAAGCGAAGUCAAAGAAAUAUACCUCGACCUGCUUAAGAAAGGCGUUCAGUUUCCUCCCUCAGGAGCAGAGGCUGAAACAGCAAGACAGGAGACUGCUCAAAUCUCAUCAAAUCCUCCAGCAUCUGUCCCUACUGCACCAGCUCUUUCUUCCGUGAUUGCGCCAAGGAACUCGACUAUUACAUUGGUCCCAGAACAGAUUGGAAAACUGCACAGUGAAUUGGAUAUGGUGAAAAUGAACGUGCGAGUGAUGUCCGCCAUAUUGAUGGAGAAUACUCCUGGGUCUGAAAACCAUGAAGACAUAGAGCUUCUGCAGAAACUCUAUAAAACAGGUCGGGAGAUGCAGGAGAGGAUCAUGGACCUGCUUGUGGUGGUGGAGAAUGAAGAUGUCACUGUUGAGCUAAUUCAGGUGAAUGAGGAUUUGAAUAAUGCCAUCCUUGGAUAUGAGAGGUUUACUAGAAACCAACAAAGGAUUUUGGAGCAAAAUAAGAACGAGAAGGAAGCCACCAAUACUACCAGUGAGCCUUCUGCCCCAUCUCAAGAUCUCCUCGACCUAAGUCCCAGUCCCCGGAUGCCUAGGGCCACUCUGGGAGAACUCAACACCAUGAAUAAUCAACUUUCAGGCUUAAAUUUCAGCCUUCCAAGUUCUGAUGUAACAAACAACUUAAAACCCAGUCUCCAUCCACAGAUGGACUUGCUAGCCUUGGAGAAUACAGAGAUACCCUCGUUUGCCCAAAGGACCAGCCAAAACCUCACCUCAAGCCACGCAUAUGAUAACUUUCUGGAACAUUCAAAUUCAGUGUUUCUACAGCCGGUUAGUCUACAAACCAUUGCAGCAGCACCGUCAAACCAGAGUCUGCCACCUUUGCCCAGCAAUCAUCCAGCGAUGACAAAAAGUGAUCUCCAGUCACCUAAUUACUACGAGGUAAUGGAGUUUGAUCCCUUAGCUCCUGCUGUCACUACAGAAGCUAUUUAUGAAGAAAUUGAUGCUCACCAGCACAAAGGAACUCAAAAUCAUGGUGACUGAGAAGAAAGUGGAUGAUCAGCUCACUAGCCACAUCAAAGGUGCCAACUCUCUAAAAGGUAGACUCUAUGCAGCUUUGAAGCCUGGAAGACAAUACCUACCAACAUGUCAAAGCCAUGGUGGAACAUUUCUGCUAUAAUGAAGAUUAAAUAGAAGAAUAACAGUUCCAGGAUAACACUGAUUCCUGACAACAGCGUGAGAUUUCAACAGAACUUGUUUGGAACAAAUACUCACUUAAAACUUCAGCAGAAGAAAAAUUACUUAGUCCUUAUGCCAACCAAUUUAACUGCAGUGUCAUAUGUUUCACAGGCCUUCCUACAUUUAGAAAUCGUCACACAGCUGUGAUAAGAGUAGAUUACUUUACUACGAAAUAAUUCUGAAUAGAUGAAAGCAUAAAAUGUGAGAAACUAAAUGUAUUAUUCAGGAAGAAUACUGAGUGCCUUCAUUUAACUAAAGUUGAAUGUAAAAGUCAAUUUGCACUUCUUUAUAAUCCUCUGGUUUAGAAUUAUAAAUUGUUAAAACCUUGAUAAUUGUCAUUCAUAUUUCAGGUGUCAUGAACAGGUCACUAGACUACAUUGGGCGGCCUUUAAAUAUGAUUCUUUGUAAUGCUAAAUAGUCUUUUUCUCUUUUUACUGCAACUUAACAUUUCUAUUUCGAACACAGAAAAUGAAAAUAUUUAGAAUAAGUUGUACAUUUGAUGACAAAUAAAUCACUAUUAAAAUAAUUUAAUAUAUUUUUUUUUAACAAAGGUUUGUUUCCAGGAGAACUUUUGAUGUCAGUAAAUCUUCACAAUCGCACCUGUACAUUUUAACAUUCAUGGACUUGUAAUGAUGAUGCUUUGGCUAACAGCCUAGUAGAUGUAUUUUAUUUCAAUUUUAUGAUACUAUAAUUUCAAAGUAAUUAUUCAGAACUCUGAAUAUAAAAUAGCCCUAAACCUUAAAGGACAAAUCAAAUUUGAAAUAAGAAUUUAAAUCUUUGGACAAGCUGUUAGGGCUUAGUGACUCCUACUUUAAGCUUUUAAAAUACUGACUAUUCAUAAUGAAGGAAAAUAGCAACCAACUCUUUUAGACACAAUAAACAUGGUCAGAAGUUCUGGCCUAUGACUUGAAACAAAUAACCCUGAGCAUACAUUUUUGAAAAACAUUGUCAGAUUCAUUGCUGUAAGUAUGAAGAGUUAAUAAUCUGGAAGGGAAUUAUAGAAUUAAGCUGAACCCAUGCCUGCAUAUUUAAAAAACAAAGCAGCUUAUUUUAAUACUAUCAAACUCUUCAGUAUGGUAUUGAAUAGUCAGUCAUAUAUUCUAGCUAGGCAUUUGGGUUUCUUAUGAUAAAAGCUGAACUUUUUCUCUCAAUUUUAAGUGAAAUAAAUUAGUGGAGAAAAAAUAAUUAUUUAAAAUAUAAGCCUUCAUAUUAUUGUACAAUAUUUCUCCUUUGAGAAGACAGGAUAUAUGAUUUUCCCAAAAAUCACAACUUUGAAGGAAGACUUAGUUGCUGACUUCAAUUAUAUCCUGGAACUGGCAACUUGUGCCCUUCCUUUGCUUCAAAAAAAGUGUAAGAAAGAGUGAUAAGAUCAACUUUAAUCAUUCUUGGAUCUUCAGCAAAUUCAGGAUCAAUGUAGAAAAACACUGGCAUAUCUACUUCCUCUUGGGGAUUAAGCCUUUGUUCUUCAAAACAGAAGCACUGGAAAUUAUAGAAAGAUUUUAAUAACAUUUCUAUUCUCAUGUUACAUAAUGGAAACUAUACAGUUCUUUUAUCUUAGCAUUCCAGUACACUUCGUGAUUUUAAUAAGCAUACUAUUAAAUACACAGUUCUGUGAUAAAUUAAGAGCAUCUUUUCAUCUCAAUGAGUUCUGCUUUAAGGAUCAAGAACAAAUUCUAAUCUUAAAAGCAAAUAUCCAUUUGGUUUGGUUCUCAAUCUCUGCAUAGCAGGUAUAGAUAGUGAAGAAAAAUAGCUUGAUGUUUAGAAGACAUUCGUUUUCAGAAAUCACAAGAUCUACUAAAACACUAAGUUUCAUACUAAACCGUUUAUGUAUCUUUAUCAUAUUCUGUAAAGUUUACACUUUGAUGUACCUGUAUUUUAUUGAAAUACUGUCCAGCUUCAAAUGGAACAAUAUUAUAUGUAGAAAUUCCAAUUACUGGUUUGUCAGUAGGAUUCUUAGCUCUGUAAAACGCCAGUGCAGUCUCUCCUGGCACCACCUGUUUUAAAGAAUAUAUAUAUUAUCAAUACUUUGAAUCUCACAAAGUUCCUCUUUUCCCUGCUGAAUUAGUCUCAUUAUUUUGUCUAUUCAUCAGACCAUAAUACCUAAUCUAAUGCAGGGUUCAGCAAAAUAAAUUGUGAAUAUUACCCAUAAACAUAUCUGAGUUUAAAAACUUACUUGCAUAUGUCAAUGAAGAACCAAUGUUCUAAUAUCCAUAAUUAGUUAUGAAUUGUCCUCUUGUAUAUUUGAGGUCUUCAAGGAAUAAUCUGCAAAUUAUAUUAUUUAAAAUGUGUCCAAGCCAAUCAUAUCACAGCCCUAGCCCAACUUUUCUGUAACACUUAUACCUGAAUGUCAUGAUUGACUGUUUUUUUUAAAAAGAUACCAACAUUAAACUUACCUUAAAACCAGAAUAAAA